CGAGCCAGUCAGCGAGGCAUCUAUCCAACGAACGCCAGCUGGCAAUCGGGCGGCUCGUCAGACAGCGUGAGCCAACGACCGUCGUUAGCAACGGUGCCUCCGAGAAUGACAGCUACGACGAGCUUCGCCUGCCUCUCCGUCGCCGGUGCCUGUAACGUGUUGGCUCUGGUCCUGCUGCUGCUGCUACCGCUGCAUUGUGUUCCGGGAUCUCAGGCGUCUUCGCUUGCCGACAUGGAGAUGGAUUACGCUCACAGCCACUGCAGGAAGAUCGACCUGCCGCACAUCUAUCGCAAGCCCGGCGAGCCCGUCUACUUCUCCAUGGAAGGCUCGUACGACCACUUCUACUACUGCAAAGAGCAGAGGGCCACGCGCGUCGACUGCACUCCCGACCUCGUGGACCAGAUUUGCACGAUGCUCGCAAAAAAGAGAUUUGAAGAAUCCUUCUGAAGUAAGGAAUGUGGAUUCUGCAGACUCUUCUUGAAGGUCUCUUUGUCAUCAGACCUUAAAACUCUAUUAUGGAAUAAAAGCCUGGCUACAACCACCUA